GACACUCAGGAGUUCCUGCGGUGCCUGAUGGAUCAGCUUCAUGAAGAACUGAAGGAACCAGUUGUGGCAGAGACAAGGGAUUUGGAUGCCAGUGACCAGGACGAUAAGCGAGAGGGUGACCGAAGUCCUUCGGAGGAUGAGUUCCUCUCCUGUGACUCCAGCAGUGACAGGGGUGAAGGAGAUGGCCAAAGUCGGACCUCAGGGGGCACGGGCAGCAGCUCCCUGGCAGAGACAGAGUUGCUGAUCCAGGAUGAAGCAGGGAGGGGGAUCUCUGAGAAGGAGAGGAUGAAGGACAGAAAGUUCUCCUGUGGCCAUCGGCGCAGCAACUCGGAGCAGGUGGAUGAGGAUGCAGAUGUUGAUACUACUAUGAUGCCAGUUGAUGAACCUGACAAUGAUGCCUUCGUGCGCUGCUCCUCCCGCCCCUGCAGUCCAGUCCAUCAUGAAAUGCACUCCAAGCUCUCUAGCAGUCCCCCUCGCUCCAGUCCUGCCAGGAUUGGACCUUCCUACGUGCUCAAGAAAGCCCAGAUGCAGGCUUCUGGGAAGAAGAAGAAAGAAGUUCGUUACCGCAGCGUGAUUUCUGACAUCUUCGACGGCUCCAUUCUGAGCCUGGUGCAGUGCCUCACCUGUGACAGAGUUUCUACGACAGUGGAGACAUUCCAGGACCUGUCACUCCCAAUCCCAGGGAAGGAGGACUUGGCCAAGCUGCACUCUGCCAUCUACCAAAAUGUGCCAGCAAAGACAGGGGCAUGUGGGGACAACUAUUCCUCCCAAGGCUGGAUUGCUUUCAUCAUGGAGUAUAUCCGGAGAUUUGUGGUGUCCUGCAUCCCUAGCUGGUUUUGGGGUCCUGUUGUGACUCUGGAGGAUUGUCUUGCUGCCUUUUUUGCAGCGGAUGAAUUGAAGGGGGACAACAUGUACAGCUGUGAACGGUGUAAAAAGCUGCGGAAUGGAGUGAAGUACUGCAAAGUCCUCCGGCUACCAGAGAUUCUUUGCAUCCACUUGAAACGGUUCCGGCACGAGGUGAUGUAUUCCUUCAAGAUCAACAGCCAUGUCUCCUUCCCCUUGGAGGGGCUGGAUCUGCGACCUUUCCUGGCCAAGGAGUGUGUCUCCCAGAUCACCACCUACGAUCUCCUGUCAGUCAUCUGUCACCACGGCACAGCAGGCAGUGGGCAUUACAUAGCCUACUGCCAGAACGUCAUCAACGGGCAGUGGUACGAGUUUGAUGACCAGUAUGUCACUGAAGUCCACGAGACCAUGGUGCAGAAUGCAGAGGCCUAUGUCUUGUUCUACAGGAAAAGCAGUGAAGAAGCUGUGCGAGAGCGUCAGAAGGUCGUGUCCCUUGCCAGCAUGAAGGAGCACAGUUUACUCCAGUUCUACAUCUCUCGAGAGUGGCUCAAUAAAUUCAACACCUUCGCUGAGCCCGGCCCCAUCACCAAUCACACCUUCCUGUGCUCUCACGGAGGGAUUCCUCCUAACAAAUACCAUUACAUUGAUGACCUAGUUGUGAUCCUGCCCCAGAACGUGUGGGAGUAUCUCUACAACAGGUUUGGGGGUGGCCCUGCUGUGAACCAUCUGUACGUGUGCUCCAUUUGCCAAGUGGAGAUUGAAGCACUCGCCAAACGCAGGAGAAUAGAAAUCGACACCUUCAUCAAGCUGAACAAGGCUUUCCAGGCAGAGGAGUCUCCAAGUGUCAUCUACUGCAUCAGCAUGCAGUGGUUCCGUGAGUGGGAAGCCUUUGUCAAGGGGAAGGACAACGAGCCUCCUGGACCAAUUGACAACAGCAAGAUUGCACUCACGAAAGCUGGUGGCCAUGUGCAAGUCAAGCAGGGUGCUGACUACGGGCAGAUUUCUGAGGAGACCUGGAUUUAUUUAAGCACGCUGUACGGAGGGGGCCCGGAGAUCGCCAUCAGGCAGAACGUGGCCCAGGUCCAGGAGCUGGAAAACCUGCACGGGGAGCAGAAGAUCGAAGCGGAGACGCGGGCUGUGUGA